AUGGCCACAAAUGAAGCUCUAUACAAGAGACUUGGAACCAGCAACAAGAUAUGUUACUGCUGUGGGGAGGAAACGGAAACAAUCAAGCACAUUUUCUUCUUCUGCCCAAAAGCUAAAGUGGUAUGGAAGUUAGCUCCCGUAAGGUGGGAAGGCUUAGUUGCACUACAAGGUAAAUUAUGGAGAUGGUGGGAAGCUGUGAUGCAAGUAGCAAAGGAAACACAAGGAGUAGAUAGGAUCAGGCUUACGUGUGAGGUAGUGGAUGCAAAAGAAAUAAUUGACAAGGCACAGCAGGAAUGGAUAGAGUACGAUGCAGCAAAUGAAUCGGACACAAGAACAACUUCAGCUCCUGAAAUGGAACGACAGGUCCAGCAGCAGUGGGAGCCUCCCAAGGAAGGAACAAUGAUGAUGAACAUAGACGCAGCAAUUUCAGCUAAAAUGGUCAGAUCAGGUUUGGGGAUCAUUGCAAGGAACUGGUGUGGGGUGAUAGUGAAAGUGAAAGGAAUCACUGACAGGAGGAAAGGGGAUGCAGCCACAGAGGAAACUCUAGCAAUCAGAAGUGCGCUGGAAAUGGCUCAAGGUGCAGGAUGGACAAACAUAGAAGUCCAAUCUGACUGCAAGUACGUUGUGAGCCUCAUCAAUACGGACAAUGUCCAGGAAGGUAGACUCCAAACUCUCCUGGAAGACAUUGAUGUCCUGAAGAAAAGAUUUGAAAGUUGCAAUUUCUCUUUUGUCCCCAGAACUGCUAAUAGUUGCAGCCAUGAGUUGGCGCAAUUUGUAGUCAAGGCAACUAGAAAUUUUGAAUGGGAAAGUUCAUUCCCAGCUUGGCUUUCAGCAUUAGCUAGAAAAGAUAUGGGGGUAGUUACCCCUUUUUGUAAUUAG